CAGCGCGGCCGGCCGCCGGGUGUCGUCAGUGCGUUAUUCUGUGCCCGCUCCCCCGCCCCGGGCUGCUCCAAGCCGCGGCCGUAACUCGACACCUUCCCACGUCGCGUCGCGUCUUAUCAUGGGCCGGUUGAACUCUGAGACCCGUGCCGAAAUGUCCCCCAUGAUGGGUGCCAAAGACAGCGUCACCAUGAAGAAGGACCUGGGUGUGAUGAACGGUGUCGCCAUCAUCGUCGGCAUCAUCAUCGGCUCCGGCAUUUUCGUGUCGCCCAAGGGUGUGCUGGUGUACUCGGGCUCCAUCGGCCUGUCGCUGAUCAUCUGGGCGCUUUGCGGCCUGCUCUCGAUGGUCGGCGCACUCUGCUACGCCGAGCUCGGCACCAUGAUCCCGCGGUCGGGCGGCGACUUCGCCUACAUUCACGAAUCGUUCGGGCCGCUGCCGGCGUUUCUGUUCCUGUGGGUGGCGCUGCUCAUCAUCAUGCCGACCGGUAACGCCAUCCAGGCGCUCACCUUCGCGUACUACAUGCUGCAGCCCUUCUACAACACCUGCCACCCGCCGGACGACGUGGUCCGGCUAGUGGCCGCCAUGGUUAUUUGUUUCUUGACGUUCAUAAACUGCUACAAUGUGCGGUGGUCCUCAACAGUUCAAGAGGUGUUCACUGGAGCUAAGAUUGUGGCACUUAUCAUCAUCAUCGGAACAGGUGUGUACGUGCUAGGUACCGGAGACUUCAGCAAAUACAGCCAACCGUUCGAGGGAACGCGCCUGGACCCGGGACGGAUCGCGCUGGCGCUCUACUCUGGCCUCUUCUCUUACGCCGGAUGGAACUAUCUCAACUUCGUGGUAGAAGAACUCAAGGAUCCAUUCAGGAGCCUGCCGCGCGCCAUCUACAUCUCGCUGCCGCUGGUCACUGUCGUCUACCUGCUGGCCAACGUGGCCUAUUUCGCAGUGCUCUCGCCGACCGAGGUGCUGGCCUCCAACGCUGUGGCAGUGGUGAGUGGGUGUAGCCGCAUUUAUAAUUAUAAAUUAUCCUUAGCUCAACCACCAACAAAAACAAUCACCAGCUUCAGAUCAUCAGAAGUCCCUGCAAGCGGACUCUGACAGAAACGUUCAAGCUAUAGUUUCAGCCUUCGGGUCAGGAAACGGUACAGUCAGCCAAGCGUUGCCAGAAAAUCUGAGCAACACUUCAAGCUCGUAUGAAUUUGAUAAAGAAACAGCGUUUGGGCCUAUAUUUUAGCAUGACAAAAUGAAAGGGACCCUCCCACCUUCAAAAAAGUUAAUGAAUGGGGUUGGGAACUCGAUUUUUUAAGAAUGCAUGAAAAUGAUCAAACUAUUUUCACAGAAUUUAUGGUGCAUACCAUUGCCUCAUAAAAUCAAUAUGCUGAGAGAAAUGGGGGAAGAAAGAUAGGAAACUUGUUUUGAAAAGUUCUUGAAAAAGAUGCUCUUGAUGCUGUUACGUCACAUGUCACCUUCUGCGGUUGACAAAUAAUGGCGCAUCUGGCGCACCACAGAUUACAUGUUAUAUCAAUGGGUGAAAGAUGUUGUUUGUUUCACUCUGCCAUUCGCGCUGUUUUUAACUUUAAAUUAUGCUAAAACAUUUACGGAUGAAAUGUUCAGUGUCAAAAAUUGAUGUGUCUGCCGUGUACUAUAUUCCCACUUAACAUUGAGCGCGUGAUAAACAUUUUAUGUACCUCGAAUUUUCAAAUGAUAAAGAUGAUGAAUCGGAGGAUGCUGAAAAGCAAAAGUUCAUUCCAAUAUUUGGACUACUUUACGAUUAAAAUGUUUACAUUCCUGUCAUCUUAUUGAUCAUUUAUUUGUUCUUUUCUAUGAAAAUAACUUAAGGCGUUGAGAACCGAGGUAAUUUCUAUCUACCGUGCCUUAACUUACCAGCAACAGCAAUCUAUCUACGCCCUACGGUGGCAAGGGAGACUGUGAAAGAAGCGUAAGAUGGAUUCUAAACAAUUCUUUUGUGAUAUACUGAAGGGCAAAGUGCAGAGAAGAGCGUACAAGUCCUGUUUUGUGCCAGGCUGUUGCAGUAGCACUUAUGAAACUCCGAAAACGAUCUUCGUUCAUGUCCCGAACAACAUUACCCUGAGGAGAUGAUCGUCUGCAAUAGCAGGAAGAGCUGAUGCAAGUACUUUGAAAUUCACUAUCAAGUCGGUGCUAUUGUUGUAAUGAUCACUGUGAGGUGAGAUAUUUUGUGCAAGGGCUGAGUGUAAUGCCCAGGAGAUGACCUCCAUUCGCCCCCUGACCGGUCAGGAUUAUAAAAUUUGAGUGGAUGGCGGUCCGUUUGGGGUUCAGAUGUCAAUUGUAUUUUGUUACUGUCAAACAAUACAUGUUAUGCUGGCAGCGAAUGUGUGUAACGUCGGUUUUCGAAACAGAAGUUAGAACUGUAACGGCAGAGUGCUUGCUGGUCUCAUCGUAAGUAUUGUAAGUGUUGUAAGCAAAAGCAUUGUCAAUAUUGUAAGUAUUGUGAGCAUUGAUGUAUGGUAGAUAUCACCUCACAUGAUCUCGGCUCAGAUAACCCUCCCCGGUGUCCCUGUCAGUAAAUGGCACCUGGAUCAUUACAGAUAAGAUAAUUUGUCAUAAUUCUUAAAGAAUUGGGUGGUUUUGACUCGCUUACUCGAGGUGCAGGUCGCAUUUCAAAUUUUUUUCAUAUUGUUAUGUGGAUUUACAUUGCUUGGGCCUGUGACGUCAUUUGGCUUCCACCAAUAGGCGCUCGGUUUACUUUUGUAUGACCCAUACGAGGUCACGCCAGGGCGGUGACCGGGACGGUCGGUCAGUUGGAGGAUAGCUCUCGCCACGUAAGUACCUCGGGUCGGUGUUAGGGUCGUCCACGCCAGGGGUUCUGGCGGGACGUCUCCCCUCCCCCGCGAACAGUGUCAUUCCGAUAUUCCCGGCUUGAAAUCGUCUGCGCCAGGGGUUCUGGCGGGACGUACGUGUAGCGGGGCUCAGCUGCAAGAUAAUAAUUUGUUUGUUUGGUUUGCGAGGCUGGUCAGUCACUGGGGCAUAUAGGCUGCUACGCUGUACGGUGAUGGGUCAUUGGGUUCUGGGCAUUCAAAGAGGAAUAUUUAAUCAGGUUGGCUGCCCGAGGCUCUCUCUCAACCCGGUUGGGACCCCCCCUUUAAAUACGUUUACUUGAAACAGAAAAAACGACACUUCACAUCACAGUCACAUCCCGGCCACUGCACGGAGGGGUACCUCCCACUGGAUAUACCACAUUCACAUUUCGACUCACUCUAACCUAGCCUAACCUAACCUACCUAACCUAAAAACAUAACCUAACGUAGCAUAAUCAUGCACUCAAACACACAUCUCACACACACGAAAAACGCCAGACUAUCAGUCCGCUCCCUCCCUCUUUACCUAACUCUCCCCCAGUGGUGCACAGUGACAAGUUAAUGCAAGCUUGUUAGAUGUCAUUUCCCUGCCCAUGUAAAACGUAGCUGGUGUAUUAGGCUGCGGAUCACCCUGCCGCCAAGAUAGAACACAUGAGCAGCCUGCUCCCAAAAUAAAAAAAACAAAA